AUGCAAGCAACCAAUUAUAACCCAUCUUCCCCCAUGCUUUGUCCAAUUUCAUUAUCAUCAUCACCUCGCAAGAGAAAACCCUUUAGCCUAAUUGUGAAUGCAAGUAGAGAAAGAAAAGGAAGACAUUAUGGGGGUAGACUUGUGGAUGAGAACAUGAUUGUGCUUCGAGUACGCAUGAAGGACUUGAAGAUGCAAGAGACAAAAGAGGAGCCACCUUCGAAUUGGAUGGAGUGGGAGAAGCAAUAUUAUGCGUAUUAUGAUGAGGACGUUUGUGAAGCUGUAGGACAUUUACAGUCUUAUUUGAUGAGUAUUAGGCCAAGUUUGGCAUUAGGAAUGGUGGCACUUGUUACUUUGAGUGUGCCAAUAUCUACCGGGGUGGUCUUGUUUCAUAUUAUAGAGAUGGCUAAGAGAAUCUUAUCUGGUUGCAUGUUUUUUUAA